UGUUUUUAUGCCAUUUCAUCAUUUUACUGGUAAAACCCUGAUUUUCAAAAAGCGCGGAGAUCACUUUAAGCUUUUGCUGAAAGCAUACUUUCUGGUUUAAAUGCAAUGACGGAAUCCCGGUUGUUUGUUCACCUUUUUGUCAGCAGUUUGUUUUAUUUCAUUAACAAUGAUUUUAAAUUUUUAUAAUCAAUUAUUUAUUUUAUUUGUGAUUUUUAACUCAAUCAGUGGCAUUCAUAGUUUGCUUCAGUGUAAAGAUGAUCUUGGCAAUGACGUCGACUGGUCAGUUGUUUACAAAAUACCCAAAGAAUCUAAGAAUUACCAAUCAAAUGGACUUCAAACUGUUUAUGUCACAAGUAAUGGAGAAACCUCUUGGACACCAUCUAAAUAUUCAAUUAACAAUAUUGAAAAUAUAAUUGGCUCAACAUUAUUACCCUUGUAUACCUCAAGUCCAUCCGUAAAUUACAUUCUUUAUUCUGACCAGCCUAACAAAGGGGAACAUAUAAGUGACAAUGGACACUCAAAGGGUGUUUUGAUUUUUGACUCAUCAUCUGGUUUCUGGCUAAUCCAUUCAGUUCCAGCUUUCCCAAAUGAUCCAAAGAUUUCUCCAAAAUAUGAUUAUCCAGCAUCUGGGGAAGUUAAUGGUCAAAUAUUUUUAUGCAUUUCUUUCAAGACGCAAGCAGCCUUACCAAAGAUUAUACAUCAAUUACUUUAUAUCAGACCACAUGUUUACAGUAAUUCAAUAUCAGAAACAAUGGUUCAACAAAUUCCUGAAUUGGCUGCUUUGAUUAACAAAAAAUGGACCAAACAAUCUUACAGCCAAUCAGACUUUGAAACACUUGGAGGACAAACAUUUACAAGCUUUAGUAAAAGUCCAAGUGCUCAUUUAGAUAUUUAUUCACAAAUAGCCGCUCCAUCAUUAAAAAUUGACUUAUUGGCUGAAACUUGGAGGAAAGGUGCUGGUGGCCCAUUACCUUCUGAAUGUAAUCUAACUUAUCAAGUUGUUAAUAUUGACCAAGUUUCUAUCCUUUACCCUGACAAACCAGCUGUCUGGUCCUACACUGAAGAUCAUUCCAAAUGGGCAAUCAGCGUUGAAUCAAAUACUCCGAUUGUCUGUGUUGGUGACACUAAUCGAAUGGCAUCUCAAGCUAAGCGCGGUGGUGGCUUGGUUUGUAUGAAGAAUCAAAAUGUUUGGAAAACUCUUCAUUCAUCUGUUCAUCAAAUCGAAUCCUGUCCCAGAACUAGUUCCAAAAAAGACAAGUCUAUUUUCACUCGAAUCAUUAAUUUUUUUACAAGCAUAUUCACCACUAAAUUUUCAUUACCAGCAAGAACACUCACAAAGGAUCGAACCAAAAAAGAGCUUAGAUGACAAUUAUAUGCAUCAAAAAUGUAAAAAAAUACCAACGAAACUGAAUAUACAAUUAUAAUCAGUGAUUAAACAUAUUAUUUAUUUACUAAA